AGACACCCUUCUCAUUUCCUUGCUUUGGUUCGCCGUCAGCGAGCUGCGCAGCGAACUCCCAUGAUGCCUCAGGUUGCGCAUGUGCAGAAAGGACGCAGCUCAGGAAGAGGAAAAAAAUAGGAAAAGAGCAGGGGAAGAGAGGAAAAUAAGAAAGGGAAAGCGCUUGGGAGAGGGGCGGCGGGCUUGGCACUAGCGUAUAUACGGGAGCGCCCGGUUUGUGAGGGAGAGGGGCAGCGCUGGGACGGCUUGUUGUUACUUUAUUACUAGGCCUGAGCGCUCCGCAUAGGCCCAAACUCGGGGGGUGUUCGCUUCUUCCUGACACCCAGGGACCCCACUGUGCGUUCUACCAACUCUCUCUCCCCUCCAUGGUGGCGCCGGGUAGCGGGGCUGGAGCAGUAGCGCGGCCAUGAACAGCGGACUGACCCCGUCCCCGUCUCCGGCAGUGGCGGCAGCAGGUCCCGCGGGGGUUCCCGGGUCCAAGCUCAAGUUCUGCCGCUACUACGCCAAGGAUAGGACCUGCUUCUACGGGGACGAGUGCCAGUUCCUACACGACGACCAACUCGGGGGGAUCCACGGCAAUGGCAAUUCCCCGCUCAGCCUUCCCGGCGGGGUCCCAGCUGCUGUCUACCCGCAGCCCGUCACCCCUGUGGGAAGUAAGAAGUUGGAUCUGGCGGGACUGGAAGCCCAGCGCUUGGCCAUUCCUGGUUUAGAUGGUGGUGCUAUUCCAGACACCAGUCUUACAGAUUCCUACUUCAGUACCAGCUUUAUUGGUCUUAAUGGAUUUGGAAGCCCAGGUGAAGCUACCUACCCAAGAAUGCAGAGAAUGACUAACAGCAGCAGUUCCCCCAGCCUUCUCAAUGACAGUGCCAAGCCAUAUGCAGCCCAUGACCCUUUAGGUUCACCAGCUUCAGCAAUGUUUAACGAUUUUGGUGGUCUCACCAUGUCUCAACGACGGAAGACUCCUAAUCCAACUGCAAGUGAAUUUAUUCCAAAGGGAGGAUCAACUUCGAGGUUAAGUAACAUGUCACAGUCCAGCAUGUCUGCCUUUUCCCAAGCGCUGUUUUCACAUCCAUCCAUGGGAGGUCCUACUGGUGCUGGCCUUGCUCCAGGCAUGUCACUGUCAGCUGGAUCUUCUCCUCUACAUUCCCCUAAAAUCACACCCCAUACGUCCCCUGCUCCACGACGAAGGAGCCAUACGCCGAACCCUGCAAACUACAUGGUGCCUACCAGUGCCUCGACGCCUGUCACAAAUUCUGUCUCCCAGCCGCCAUCAACAGGAGAGAUCAUACAGAAAGCUACUGUAGGUGGGACAACCUAUUUCUACACCGAUACGACUCCAGCGCCACUCACGGGAAUGGUUUUUCCAAACUAUCAUAUUUACCCUCCAACUGCACCACACAUUGCUUACAUGCAGCCAAAAGCGAAUGCACCCUCCUUCUUUAUGGCGGAUGAGCUGAGGCAGGAAUUGAUAAACAGGCAUUUAAUAACAAUGGCUCAAAUCGAUCAAGCAGAUAUGCCAGGCGUCCCUGCAGAGGUUGACAGCUACCACAGCCUCUUUCCACUGGAACCACUGCCACCUCCCAAUCGAAUUAAAACAAGCAACUUUGGAUAUAUCACAUCAUGCUACAAGGCUGUGAACAGCAAAGACGAUUUGCCAUACUGCCUGCGUCGGAUUCAUGGUUUUCGCCUUGUAAACACCAAGUGUAUGUCUUUGGUUGAUACCUGGAAAAAAAUUCAGCACUCGAACAUUGUCACCUUACGAGAAAUGUUUACCACCAAAGCUUUUGGAGAACAUUCCCUUGUGUUUGCAUAUGAUUUUCAUGCUGGGAGUGAAACGAUGAUGAGCAGGCAUUUUAACGACCCAAGUGCAGACGCUUAUUUCACAAAACGAAAAUGGGGGCAGCACGAUGGUCCGUUACCGCGACAACAUGCUGGUCUGCUUCCCGAAUCCCUCAUUUGGGCUUAUAUCGUCCAGCUAAGCUCCGCCUUGAGAACAAUUCACACGGCUGGCUUGGCGUGCCGCGUUAUGGAUCCAACGAAAAUUCUUAUUACUGGCAAAACAAGGCUGCGUGUCAACUGUGUUGGAAUCUUUGACGUUUUGACAUAUGAUGGAAGUCAAAAUAAUCCUGUAGCUUUAAUGCCUCAAUACCAGCAAGCGGACCUGAUCUCAUUAGGGAAGGUCGUAUUGGCUUUGGCUUGCAACUCUCUGGCAGGAAUCCAGCGGGAGAAUCUGCAGAAAGCUAUGGAACUUGUCACCAUCAACUAUUCCUCUGAUUUAAAGAAUCUCAUUCUGUACUUGCUGACUGAACAGAACCGGAUGCGGAGCGUCAAUGACAUUAUGCCAAUGAUUGGUGCUAGAUUUUAUACACAGCUGGACGCUGCUCAGAUGCGCAAUGAUGUCAUAGAAGAGGACCUUGCCAAGGAAGUACAGAAUGGAAGGUUGUUCAGACUGCUGGCAAAACUGGGAACAAUUAAUGAGAGACCAGAGUUUCAGAAAGACCCAGCCUGGUCAGAAACUGGGGACAGAUAUUUGCUUAAGCUCUUUAGGGAUCAUCUUUUUCAUCAGGUGACAGAAGCAGGAACUCCAUGGAUUGACCUCAGUCAUAUCGUGUCAUGUCUUAACAAGUUAGAUGCUGGUGUACCAGAAAAAAUCAGCCUCAUUUCCAGGGACGAGAAGAGCGUACUCGUGGUAACUUACAGUGAUUUAAAACGCUGCUUUGAAAAUACGUUUCAGGAACUGGUUGCAGCGGCAAACGGGCAGUUGUAGUAUUUGCUGAUAGCAUGCAGGGCAUUGCUGAGGAACUAAACCAAUAGCAAAUUGCACUACAGCUGGUUUGUCGCCACCGUCAUCUCAUUUCACCAUUGGGAAUCAAACAGGAGAUGAGCAAAGCUGCUUGCACUUCAGUCAGGUACACUGUUACUUGAAAGGAAGAAUGUUUCGUUUAUCCUAGAGCUAUGGCUGCCAACGGAGGCUUUAUCUGUGAAGAAUUUUAUUUUAAAUAACGGAGCGUCAUCGGGUGAAUGAUGUUCCUGCUUUUAUUUUUCCACUUGCAUAUGCACUAAUUUUAAUUUUAAGACUUUCUGACCUUUCGAAGGCGCUUUUUUUUUUUUUUUCUCCCCCUCCGCCAUGUAAAAACAUUUAACCAAGGACACUGAUUUGCCAUCAGGAAAAAGGAAGACGACGAUGUUGAUCACACGUGCCCCAGUGGUUUGUAAGCAGCAGGCAGAGGUGCGAUUUCAUAUAAACUGCUGUUUUAUAGACCUUUUUUUCAACAUAGAAAUGAUGUAUCUAAGGUCUUUCUCCACCCCCACUGGCCUUCACUUGCUACCAAACUCAUUGUGAGGACAUAGGAAUAGAGUAAAGGCGCACACAUGAACUAAUAUGGUAGACGCCAGGCUGUUGCUCGUACUCAUUACUGGACUUCGGCUCUCUAAGGAUAUGCAUUUUAACAUUGGUUUCUAUAAAAACACAGCCAGCGCCCUAUUGCAGUUUCUGUACAUAGGAUUUCCCGCUUGCCUGGCACAUACAUGACGUUUUGUCACGUCACGUAUUCCAUUCUCUCUCUCUCCGAACCACAGCUUUAUAAGGUACCAUACACUGGAUACUGAGACACUGAGACUAAUACUCCUGGACGCAGCAGUUUCCUGUCCCUGAGAGGGAAGUGAUUGGCUUUGCCUCGUGCAGUAGAAAAACCUACUGUUGCCACCAUGUUUGUAGCCCUCUCAAUUAUCCAUUUUGUUAAAACAAACAAAAAAAAAAAAUCUAUAUAUUUUUGUCUCCUUGCUAUAAAGUAUACCUUUGUAGCUGUGAAUCGACACAAAGUAUUCACCGAAUUCCUCGCAGAAUAACCGAAUAUUUUUUAUUGCCAAAAAGUAAGAUUUUUUGCUCCAUAGAUGUUUCAUUUCUAAAGCGUUUUGUUAAUUGUUUUGGGACGGGGGUGGGGCCUUCUGAGUAUUUGUAGCAUAAAAAUAUUGAUGCUCAGUGUCAGGAGCGACCAAUAAGAGUAUUGGGGCUGAAAUAAAUGACAGUUUGUUCGGAUUAUGGUUUUUUUAAAACUCUCACCAGGGCUGCGCAUUCGCGUAUGGAUGGACCCGGGCCAUCGUUCCUUCUGUUUCAUGACAAUGUAGGAAGACGCAGAGUAUCAAACGCGAGAGUGCCGCCUUCCGAGGAUAGAGUACCGUUUGCCACACCGUUAUACUUAUAUACACACAAUUUUUUUUUAUGUACAAGAAUUCCCACCUUUGGGGAGAUAACAAGCAAGAACAGACUUUUAUCGUUAGUCUAUGUAAGAUCACAAGAGAAGCAGCUGUCUUUUUUUAUAUGUUUUUGGAAAAACAAAUCAUAUGGGAGUUUUUUGUACAAAAGAAGUACUUGUAUUCUAGAAGAGAUGCUUAAUUUAUAAGCGGACUGCAUUUACACCUUUUGGUUUUUGUUUUUGUCAGUUCUACUCUGCUGUAAGGACCUGGCGCGUGCUAGCCGCUCACAGGGCUUCCCAGCACUGCCUGUUCUAAAGGGGAUCAUACAUGUCCAUCUUGGUGUUUGUACGUACAUACGCAUAUAUACCUAUUGCUUUUUCCCCCCUUUUUAUUUUUUCCUUUUGGGACCAAUAUUUUAGAAGAAAGCAAAAUGGCAGGCUUUCAACCAGCAUACCAUCAAUCUUUGCAUAUAUGGGGGGGAAACCCCAAGUAUUGCUGCCAGCUAAUUUGCUUGAACCCAUACUUUAUUCUCAGGAUUACAGCGAGAGUGAUUUUAUAUAGGAAUGUUUGGCGAUACAGUUCAUGCAUGCACUUUUAUGUUCCGACCCAAAUAAAACCCAACAGAACUCCCGCCUUCACGCCGCUCGUCACCCCCCCCCCCCAACCACAGUUUGAAUUCCAUUUCUUAGCUGCACCCUUUAUCUAGUAGCAAUAACCUGCUGCCAAUGCAAGUCAUGCCGUCCCGCCAUGGUGGGUAGAAUAGGGUGCCGCAAAGCCCCCCAACAAAAAGAAAAAAAAAAAAGCACAGAAAGAAACUACGUUUAAAAAUGUUUAAACAAAAUCAUGGUGUUUUCUUUUAAAUUUUUGUACAUGUUUUAAAUUUUAUUUUCUCUUUGUGUAAAUAUUAUGGGUACUUUCCCCCCUGAUCGCAUCUUGUAUUAUCUGCUUCCUUUAUAAUGUACCUCUGUUUUUUUUGUUUUGGGUUUUUUUUUUUUUUCUUCAAAUGUCAUGAUCCCCCAAAUGUUACCCAUCCUUUUGUUUUCACAUGUACAGCAGUAUUUUUUAAUAAAGGUUAAAAUAAA